AUGCGCGGUCUCAAGAAGAAGAAGGCUGCGGAAUACGUACCUGCUAGGGCUGUACCGGUCUCGCUUCAAAUGCUGGGGGUUCUGCACACGUUCCUGGAUUCGCCAUCUGCGGUCGGUGGAUUCACCGAAGAAAGCCGUGUGUGGUUCAAGGCCGUCUCGUCAUUCGCCUUCUACGGCAUGUGCCGGAUCAACGAGGUUCUUCCGCUGAAGUGGAGAGAUGUUUCUUUGCGUCAGUAUCGAGCCAACGUCGUCACGCCAGAUGAGGUUAUUGAAUUUGGGACGUACACACUGUUUAACCGCAAGACAGAGGUGGCAGAGGGGCGAUCCUAUAAUCUUCACAACCUCGCGGACGAAGAAACCCCGAUCAAUGCCUACAAGCACCUGUGCAAUUGGGUGGACUUUGCUACGAAGACGAAAGGCCACGUAUGGAGCGAUGAAGACUACGUACUCCCUACUCUUACUGGCCUCAGUAAGAAAGCUCUUAGAAGCGACGACGAUACCACCGGCUGCGAAAAGGUGGUCAUUGGGUGGGGCAAGAAAAUGGGAGAACAGAGUUUUAUCACGCUACUCAACUGCAUCGUGGGUUCGCUGAACCGAAAGGGACAAUCGACACCGGGUUACGUUGCGAAGCAUUGGUACAACAGUUGGUUCACGUCACACGCAUUACGCCGAGGAGGGGCUCAAUACCGCUUCAUGUACGCAAAACCAGCACGGCGCUGGUCGUUACGGAUGAUCAAGUGGUGGGCCGGCUGGAGUGUUUCGGAAUCGACGGAGACGCUGGUGCGCUACCUUCUGGAUCUGACUGUUCAAACCGAGGACAGUGAACUCGCAGACUGUUUGGCACCGGACAAGAGUUAUCUACACGGUUGCCCAAGCGCUCCUUAUGAGGCUAGCAGAAACAUCGAAGAAGGGCCCGUUCUCAAGCGCAUUCGGCAACUGGAGACACUAAUGCUCGAGACUAAAUCUCAGAUUAGUGAGCUGAAAGGUUUGGUUACGUCUGGGACCUUACCCAGUCUGUCACAAGCGACAGCACGCGAAGAUAUACCUCCAGGUGCCGCCUCGAAUAGGCAAGCGCUCAGUCCUGCGGUUUCAGCGGCUAGAGACUGGAGUCACCUAUGCCUGAUGUGGUGGUUUCCGGACACCUCGGUGCACUUGUUCAAGCCUCUUUCAGAAUGGACGCAAGCCGAGAGAACCAAUGCUGGUGUAGCGCGCAGUUGGUUCAGCGUUGCCAAAUUGCUCGGUGAGGAUGUCGCCGCGUUCGCUAAACUGAUGGGCGAGUCCGAUAAAACGCGCUGGGAGAGGGCCAUACUUCCAGUAUUUCGCAGUUUCUACGCCCAGCACUAUGGCGGAGCGGAAGAAUCGGCCACUGAGCAUACGUUUACGAUUUCGAUGCUGGUUACAUUUGUCAGGAAAGACCGCAAGCUUCGCACAAACGCAGCGUGCCCCGCAAAAGAGUUGCCGGAAUACUCUACGUACCUAUAG